GUUGAAUUGGUCGUUUUGAUCGAGGCGCCAGAUACUCUGCUUACAGGCACAGAGGCUGGUGUCUAUGCUGGGACUUUUGAUUGCCUCUAACAGUGGAUGAAGGUUGGUCUUCCUCAAGCAUUGACAGGUAUCCCCCAACGAAAAUCCGGCUUGGGUUGUCUGCGGAAUGGAAACGGGUUGCAAGAGGAGGAACCAAGCAGCCGGAUGGAAGAAAUUGGGGAUCAGCUGACCGUGAGGCACGCUAAAUUUCCCUGGUAGACGUUGAGAAGCUCGAAGACACGGCCAUCCUACAAAACCUGUCGCGACGAUGGCCGCGAGACAACGGCUUUUCCCGUUUAAUGGUAGCAACGAGCAGUACAUCCAGUACCUUGAACAAUUUAUUGUCACACAUCUUCCGUCUCCCGGGCCACCGCGUCCAAACAGCAAACCGGCGAACUGUGAAUCCUGCGCUGAUCCACAUCGCGGAUCAUUGAAGAAGAGGCUUCAUUCCACAAGCGAGAGACAAGCCCAAACGACAGAGCUGAAUUUUGUCAUCUGGAAACCUAAGAAGCAGCGGGUCCAACCCAACGCGACACAGCAGUGGCGAGCGCAGCUAGACACGUUUGUUCGGAGCAUACCGAAGUUUGGGGAAUGGACGAGUUUCAGGAAAGACAACCAUUUCUACAGCAUCGAGGAGAAUCGUUCGGUACUGGCGAUUGUUCUACGCAACAAGUUCGACACGUCCAACUCAGCUAGGGCGAAGGUCACUUCAUCCACUCCUCCUAGUCUGCCAGCUCCACCAGGCGUGGAAAGUUUGCCGUGGGAAGAGGCCUCGUAUAGGUAUGCCCAGGAGACAGCAACCUUCGAUGCACAAGUGAAGGCGGAGGCCGCAAGUAAGGCGAAGAUUUUUGGCAAGAUAGCAAACUUUCGCCAUCUGAUCGUCGCCACGAACUGUUACAUUAUGUACAAAACGGGAGUUGCAAAGGAGAAAGUCAUCCGCAUUAUGCGCGAAUGUGUCUGCGACACCGGGGAGAGCAACCUUGAAGGAUACCUUCGGGGAGCGCGCUGGGUCAACGGGUGCAUUACCCAACUCUCGAAAACACAGUGGGGGAGUCGAAGUGCUGAAGUUUUCUUCUUGAAUGGACGCCCGCUGAGCUAUUACGCUCGAAUAGCAUCAGACACGAACACCCUCCAGAGUUUUGUCGACAGACUGAAAGCCAGAGAGGACAUCUUGGAGGACAAUAACCAAGAGAGCUCUGCGUGGAUACCGCUCUCUAUACCCUGUGUUGUUCACCGACUGGGAGGGGUGCCCAUAUCGUUACAGGAGAUUUGCGAUUUGCUCCAAUACGAUUAUAAAACUGAGGACGAAAUAUACUACAAAUCGUACAUGACCGAGAAGGAGAGGCAAUGGGCAAGGUCUGCCGAAGAUCCAACACUCUUCAAUGGUUACUAUGAAGAUGAUCCGAUGUUUGCAACCCUAGAUCCCACAUUCCUGUAA